AUGUUUGGUAAUUACAUCGACGCAUUUCAAGAUUCUGUGAAGGAACGCGUAAAAUUGCGGGAACGUAUACAGAGGUUGCGAAAUCAAUUCGAAACUUUCAACGCGGUUCAAGACGAAUUAGCUCUUAUCGACAAUUUUGACGAAGCCGAAAACGAACGUCAAACUACGACAGAUCAAUUUGAUGACAUAAUGACCAACGCGAUCGUAUUGUUAGAACGUUUUGAGCGAUCCGCAACUCCAUCUCCACAGCUGCCAAUCGAUCCGAUGUUAAGAGGAUCACCAGCGCCAUCGUCAUCGAUGUUUUCACUGCUGGUUCACUUAACGAAAAUCGAUCUUCCGAAAUUUGACGGCCGAAUCGAAACCUGUGUAACGUUUAAAGACGCAUUUAACACUUUAAUCCAUGUACAACCUGGUCUGAGUCGCAUUCAGAAGUUACAUUAUCUCAAACUUUCAUUGUCCGGACGAGCUGAAGACGCUAUCGCAGCUUUUACUAUUACCGAGGAUAAUUACGAUGCUGCGUGGAAUCACUUGUCUGAAAUUUACGACAAUAAACGGGCACUCGUUUUGCGUCACGCCGCCCUUUUACGAGAUACACCCGCGAUGUCUGACGAUUCUUCGGAGGCAAUUCGAGACCUCGCGAAUCACAUGCAACUCCACAUUCGAUCGUUACAUGCAUUAGGUAGGUCGCGGGAAGAUAUAGCAAACGAUUUGCUAUCGAGCAUCGUAAUUUCGAAGAUGGGACCGGAUACGCGACGGACGUGGGAACGCACUUUAAAUAACACCGAGGUACCGAAGUUGGAUGAUAUUUUUAAGUAUCUACACAACGCAUCGCAUCAAACAAAGGAGUAUCAAGCGGCAACUCUUAAACCACGAUCGCAUCAAUUACCGGAAAACAUAAAACCACGAUCAGCUCCUUCGCGUUCGUACAAUUUGCGUUCACACGCACCCCCUUCGUAUAAUCGUCAGCAGGUUUUCGUGACGAAUAAACCAAGUCCACGCACGUCGCCAAUUACUCAAGCACGUCAAUCGACUGCUACCACUAACGUCGAGUCAGCAUCUUCCCGAACAAAGAGGUCUGUCGCCGAAAACGACUGUAAAAUUUGUUUUGGACAACACGCCGCGUAUCGAUGUCCAAAAUUCAUUGAGAUGGAGGUCGUGCAACAUAUCGAAGCCGCGAAAAAGGCACAAUUAUGUAUGAAUUGCCUUCGGUCCGAUCAUCCGACGGAAAAUUGUAAUUUCGGAAAUUGUCGCGUCUGCAAUCAAGCGCAUAACACGAAGCUGCAUCAGGACACGCAAACGACCACGGCAACGAGAAUCUGA